CCUCUGCUCGCUCUGUGGCGCCCUUGCCCGCCGCCAUGUACCGCUGCCUGGGCGAAGCGCUGCUGCUGUCCCGGGCCGGGGCCGCCGCCCUGAGCCCCGGGGCGACCGAGUCGGCCGCGCUGCUGGGCUGGGCCCGCGGACAGCCCGCCGCCGCCCCGCAGCCCGCGCUGGCGCCGUGCACCCGGCGACACUACAGCGAGGUGGCGGCCGACCGUGAGGACGACCCCAGCUUCUUCAAGAGGGUGGAGGGCUUCUUCAACCGCGGCGCCAGCAUCGUGGAGGACAAGCUGGUGGAAGACCUCCGAACCCGGGAGAGCGAGGACCAGAAGCGGAACCGGGUGCGCGGCAUCCUGCGGAUCAUCAAGCCCUGCAACCAUGUGCUGAGCCUGUCCUUCCCCAUCCGGCGCGACGACGGCUCCUGGGAAGUCAUCGAGGGUUACCGGGCCCAGCACAGCCAGCACCGCACGCCCUGCAAGGGAGGUAUCCGAUAUAGCACAGACGUGAGUGUGGAUGAAGUAAAAGCUCUGGCUUCUCUGAUGACGUAUAAAUGUGCAGUCGUCGAUGUGCCAUUUGGGGGUGCUAAAGCUGGUGUGAAGAUCAACCCCAAGAACUACACUGAUAAUGAAUUGGAAAAGAUUACAAGAAGGUUCACCAUGGAGUUAGCAAAGAAGGGCUUUAUUGGUCCUGGCAUUGAUGUACCUGCCCCUGACAUGAGCACGGGCGAGCGGGAGAUGUCCUGGAUCGCUGACACCUAUGCCAGCACCAUAGGGCACUAUGACAUUAACGCACAUGCCUGCGUUACUGGUAAGCCCAUCAGUCAAGGCGGUAUCCACGGACGCAUCUCUGCUACUGGCCGUGGUGUUUUCCAUGGGAUUGAAAACUUCAUCAAUGAAGCUUCUUAUAUGAGCAUUUUAGGAAUGACACCAGGGUUCGGGGAUAAAACAUUUGUUGUUCAGGGAUUUGGUAAUGUGGGUCUGCACUCUAUGAGAUACUUACAUCGCUUUGGUGCUAAAUGUGUUGGUGUUGGAGAGUCUGACGGAAGCAUAUGGAAUCCAGAUGGUAUUGAUCCAAAGGAGUUGGAAGACUUCAAAUUGCAACAUGGUUCCAUCCUGGGCUUCCCCAAAGCAAAGCCCUAUGAAGGAAACAUCUUGGAAGCAGACUGUGACAUACUGAUCCCAGCGGCCAGCGAGAAGCAGCUGACCAAAUCCAAUGCACCCAGAAUCAAAGCCAAGAUCAUUGCUGAAGGUGCCAACGGACCGACAACUCCAGAAGCUGAUAAGAUUUUCUUGGAGAGGAACAUUAUGGUGAUCCCUGAUCUCUACUUGAACGCCGGAGGGGUGACAGUCUCUUACUUUGAGUGGCUGAAGAAUCUCAACCAUGUCAGCUAUGGCCGUCUGACCUUCAAAUAUGAAAGGGACUCUAACUACCACCUGCUCAUGUCUGUUCAAGAGAGUUUAGAAAGGAAAUUUGGGAAGCACGGUGGAACGAUUCCUGUUGUACCCACAGCUGAGUUCCAAGACAGGAUAUCGGGUGCAUCUGAGAAAGACAUCGUGCACUCUGGCUUAGCUUACACUAUGGAACGUUCCGCCCGGCAAAUCAUGCGCACAGCCAUGAAAUAUAAUCUGGGUUUGGACCUGAGAACCGCUGCCUAUGUCAACGCCAUUGAGAAAGUCUUCAAGGUGUACAACGAAGCUGGUGUGACCUUCACAUAGAUGCUCCACAGCUGACUUCUCCACUCCCCUCUCCACCUGUAACUUCUGCAAACCCAUCACAAGUUUACAUGUAACCACAGAAAUCUUUCCCUAAUGACUUAGCAGAUAAUGAACACCAUUCUCAACAAGUCGAUCCAAAUCAGCCCCCAUAAAGAAAGAAAUGAAGGUGAAGUGAUCAUACACAAAGGGAUGAGUGUGAAAGUAGAAAUCACCCAUCCAUAGGGCCGGCCAUUUGUUGUGGGGUCGUGCCUUUAAAAAGUCUCUUCCAUCUGGCUUUGCUUCCCUGCUCUGUAGC